GCUAAACGCGCAGAGCUUCUGCUUUCUGCUUGUUUCUUCGGCACUGUGUCUCAGUAAGGUUUUCUCUUGUGAACUUAUCUAUAGUUAUUAAACACUUUUUUGACAAGAAAAAAUGUAUCCCAAUACCAUCGGGAAUCGUCAAGCUGUCAAGGAACAUGUUUUGGCAGUUUCCAGGGAUUUUAUUUCACAGCCCCGUCUCGUCUACAAAACUGUGUCUGGCGUUAAUGGACCGUUGGUAAUUUUGGACGAUGUGAAAUUUCCCAAAUACGCUGAAAUUGUUCAAUUGAAACUCGCCGAUGGAUCUUUACGUUCAGGAUCAGUUCUUGAAGUUUCGGGUUCAAAGGCCGUUGUUCAGGUGUUUGAGGGAACAUCUGGUAUUGAUGCGAAAAACACUCAUUGCGAAUUCACUGGAGAUAUUUUACGAACACCAGUCUCUGAGGAUAUGUUAGGUCGUGUAUUUAAUGGUUCUGGUAAACCGAUCGAUAAAGGACCACCAAUUCUCGCCGAGGAUUUCCUUGAUAUUCAGGGACAACCCAUCAAUCCUUGGUCACGUAUCUAUCCAGAGGAAAUGAUCCAAACCGGAAUUUCCGCAAUUGACGUUAUGAAUUCCAUUGCUCGUGGUCAGAAAAUUCCCAUUUUCUCAGCAGCUGGUCUGCCACAUAACGAGAUUGCUGCCCAAAUUUGUCGUCAAGCCGGUCUCGUUAAAGUGCCCGGUAAAUCCGUCCUCGAUUCACACGAGGACAAUUUUGCCAUUGUUUUCGCCGCUAUGGGUGUUAAUAUGGAGACGGCACGUUUCUUUAAACAAGAUUUCGAGGAGAAUGGCUCAAUGGAGAAUGUAUGUUUGUUCUUGAAUCUCGCCAAUGAUCCGACAAUUGAACGUAUUAUUACACCGCGUCUCGCUCUAACGGCUGCUGAAUUUUUGGCCUAUCAAUGCGAGAAACACGUUUUGGUUAUUCUCACUGACAUGUCCUCGUAUGCUGAGGCACUUCGUGAAGUGUCUGCCGCUCGUGAAGAGGUUCCUGGACGUCGUGGUUUCCCUGGUUAUAUGUACACCGAUUUGGCGACAAUUUACGAACGUGCUGGACGUGUUGAGGGUCGUAAUGGAUCAAUUACACAAAUUCCAAUUCUCACUAUGCCUAAUGACGAUAUUACACAUCCUAUUCCCGAUUUGACUGGUUACAUUACCGAGGGACAGAUCUACGUUGAUCGACAAUUGCACAAUAGGCAAAUUUAUCCACCAGUCAAUGUGUUGCCUUCAUUGUCACGUUUGAUGAAAUCGGCCAUUGGCGAAGGAAUGACUCGCAAGGAUCAUUCGGAUGUUUCAAAUCAAUUGUACGCAUGUUACGCCAUCGGAAAGGAUGUUCAAGCAAUGAAGGCCGUCGUCGGUGAGGAAGCAUUGACGCCCGAUGAUUUAUUGUACCUCGAAUUCCUCUCGAAAUUCGAGAAGAAUUUCAUUUCUCAGGGAAGCUACGAGAAUCGUACAGUCUUCGAUUCACUUGACAUUGGCUGGCAACUACUUCGUAUUUUCCCCAAGGAAAUGUUGAAGAGAAUUCCAGCCAGUACCCUCGCUGAAUUCUAUCCAAGAGACUCGCGUCAUUAAUCUACUUGAAAUUUAUCUUUAGUUCUAAUCAUUUAAGAAGAAGAAAGCAAAACCCGAUUUAAGAACAAGAAUAUUUUCUUCAAUUUUUCCCAUAGAUAUUUUUUCAUAUAAAAGAUUUUUUUCAAUAGAACAAAAUUUUGGGGAAAAAAAUGUGAAAAACAUGAAAAUAUAUUUAAAAAGAUUGAUUGAAAAUUCUUUCUUGAUUUUCGAUCUAAGUACUAUACAAAAAUAAUUCAGAGCCAUUAUUUCUCCGAGACAAUAGAACAAAUAAUUUGAAAAAUUUAUGUAAUAAUAAUAAUACAUAAAUAAUAGUUCGAGGAUCGAAAAGAAAAUCGGGUUUUUAAAUAUGCCUGGAUAUUUUAAAUGUAAAUUUUUAAAUUAGCUGCUGAAUAAUGUUUAUGUUUGUUUUUCUGAAUAUUUCUUUAUAAUAGGAGAGAAAAAACUAGCGACAAGUUCAAAAGAGAGUAUAUGAAAAAUUUCAAAAAAGGGUGAUAUUUAGUUUAGCAAAAUGCACUAUACGUCGUUUUUCCAUUCAUCGGAAAGUUUGUAUUUUAUUAAAUGGAUAAAAUAAUUCUUAUAAAUUAACGUCGCUAAUUAUAAACAAAACAAAGAAAAAAGAAAGAACUUUCAACGAAAUAUUUUUCAAAAAAGCAACACCAAGGCCAUGUGUAAGUUUUAAACAUCUCUUAUUUUUUGAAUAAAAUUUCCACUGAUUGUUCUCUUUCACACACGUUAAUUAAAUUACGUCUGUUAAAAAUGGAAAUCGUAAAAAUUGUAAAUUGUAAUAUAUCAGUCAGUAUUAUGAACGAGAAAAAAAAGAGCAAGUGCGUUAAAAAACAUUUGUUUCAAAUAAUAAGCGCUCCCCCGCACAUUCCAAAAAAAAAUGAAAAUUUUUAUUCUUAUCAAGUAGAUAACAUCCUUGAAGAAGAGAAUUGUCGCCCAAACAUCCACGUGUACAGUUUCUUUACCCUCUCGAGAAAAAAAAUGUAAGUUUCAUCGAAUACACAUUUUUUUUGUUUUUUAAUCAAGUUUUAUUGUAAAUUUUAGAUGUAAUAUUAUGUAUUAAAUGAAAAAAAGAAUAAUUGCUUGAUUUUGAAAAAAGGAAAGUCAUUAGAAUUUAUUCGAAUUAAAUAAUUGCUAUGCGCCUGUUGAUUAUGAGGUUCCGAAGCAAUCAUUGUUAUUAAAUGUCAGUGAUUCAAAAACUGUCGUGUAUAAUUAUUUGAAAAAAGUUAAUCAUUUAAAUUCUUUUAGUGUUAUACAAAGAUAAAUGUACAAUAACUAUAUUAAAAAAAGAAAAUCUAUGAAAGUA